AUGUUUAAACGUUCCUUUUCUUCGAAGAACCGGGCGGGGAAGACCGUCAAGCCUUCCAGGAAGAAAUACGAUGAGCAAGCGAAAGACAAGAUGCGGGAGAGCAUGGACAAAGGCGAAACCUCGUCAGCGCCAAGCCCUCUUACCAGCGCCAUCAUCACCAUGAUGGUUGGCCAGGAUCAGCGUCUGUUUGCUGCCCACGAGGAUGUCUUGUCCAUCUCGCCGUUCUUUCGCACUGCUUUGAAGGAAAAAUUCCUGGAAGACGGUGCAAAGCAACUUGCUUUGCCUGACGAGGAGCCUGAAAUCCUGUCUUGUGUUCUGGAGUAUCUGUACAAGGGCGACUACUAUCCGCGCCUGCUACAUGGCAAGCGUCGAGACUCUUGGCACCUCGAGAAUGCACAGGAUAACAGUAACAAUGGAGGCCGCGGAUCGAGCGAGGCAACUAUCUUCCACCCUGGCGUAGGAGAUGUUGUGCUCCGUGAUACGGUCGUCUACUGCGUUGCCGAGAAGUACGGCCUGGAAGGUCUGAAGCGCCUUGCCCUCAGAAAGCAGGGGCUUCAAAUGGGUAUUCCAGCCGACGUGAUCUUGCGAUCUGCUCGGUACGCCUAUGACAAUACACCGGACACGGAGUCUCGAUUGCGCGCUCACUACCUGGCUCUCAUCAUCCGUACUCGCAGGACUUUUAAGAGAAGUGGAACCAUGCAGAUGGAAAUGGAGAUGGGUGGCAAGUUGUUUUUUGAUCUGUUUGUGGCAAUGUGCAACCACAUGGACGACCUCGUGGAGAUCCGGUAG